GUUAUAGCUGUUAUAAAUUACAACCUUGUUGCUUUCAACUCCUCAACUUCCACUUGUUAGAGCACUUUCUAAGUUCCUUUUCAACUCCUUUAAAUCCUCAGAGUUUCCAGAUAAAUUUUCAUUGCUUUACUUAGAGUUUGUUUGUAAAGUGUUGGAGGAAUUUCCAAACAGUAAACUAAUAUUUUUUGGGUCUCAACCCUCCGGGUCUAGGGGAAGCGAGUCUUGGUACCAGAGUUCGGUCAAGAGUUGAGUCCAUGUCAGUGGCAGCUAGUCCAGCACCCUCUUUAGGGGAUCAUUUAUGUGAAAAUGGUUUUGGAUGUAUUGAAAUUCUCCCUUCCACCAAUGAUGCUCAUGGAGGAGUCAUUGUUGACUUGAAGGAUCCUAUGGACCCUCAAGUUUUUGCUUCUUUGCUUAAAUCUUCACUUUUACAGUGGAAGAAACAGGGAAAAGAUGGUGUUUGGAUCAAGUUACCAAUUGAGCUUGUUAAUCUUGUUGAAGUUGCUGUUAAGGAGGGUUUCUGUUACCACCAUGCUGAGCCAAGCUACAUAAUGCUAGUAUACUGGAUUCCUAAAACAGGCUGCACAAUUCCUCCAAAUGCUUCUCAUCGCGUAAGCAUUGGCGCCAUUGUCUUGAAUAAUAAGAAAGAGUUGCUUGUAGUACAAGAAAAAAGAGGUAGAUUUCAUGGAAUUGGUGUUUGGAAGCUACCUACUGGAGUAGUUGAUGCAGGUGAGGAGAUUUUUGAAGCAGCUAUUAGAGAAGUAAAAGAAGAGACAGGAAUUGAUACAGAAUUUGUGGAGGUUCUAGGAUUCAGCCAGGCACACAAUUCAUUCUUUGGGAAAUCAGAUUUAACUUUUCUUUGCAUGUUGCGCCCUCUUUCUUUUGACAUCAAAAGGCAAGAACUGGAAAUUGAAGCAGCUCAGUGGAUGCCAUUUGAAGAAUAUGCAGUACAACCAUUUAAUCAGAAGCAUGAGCCCUUCAAAUGCAUAAUUGAAUUAUGCAUAGCAAAGAUGGAAAGAACCUAUACUGGAUUCUGUCCACGACCUAUCUCAUCAUUUUUCUCUAAGGAUUUGAAUUAUGUAUACUUGAAUAGCAAAGACCUUCACAAGUCUUCUUGAGCCUAAGUUUAUAGUUUAUUUUGGUUGAAAUUUAUUUCUUAUAAAAGGUUUGUUGUGUCAAUUUAUAUCCUCAUCCUCCCAUCAUAAUUCAUGUAUGUUGAUUUUGAGCCAAUAUUGUGACUCUUG